AUGGGAUAAUGUCUCAGUGUAUGUGAGAAGUUGUUCUAGAAAGCCAAAGGCAAGGGAAAAAACCAGAAGAAGAGCAAUCAACUAGAUGGAAACAAAGAAAAUUUGAAAAAGCCAUUUUUAGAUUCUUCCAAUUAUAUAUAAGGAGAUAGAGGAGGUGAUGAUAGCGAUGGGGAAUAGAGGAAGAGGAUAGGAGACAUAUAUGGCGACUAAAGAAAGUAGUCGAUUUCUAUUGAAAUGCAGGAAAGAAGAGUGAUGGCAGAAAGGCAGCGAGAGUUAGAUGAGAUGGAAAAAGAAGAAUUAGAAGAGUAGAAGAGAUGGUCUUAACUUAGAAAAGAUUUAGCUCUUUCUAAAACUUAUACAACAAUUAGCAAUUUAACAUCUCCACAAAUUAUUACACUUUAAAAUAGCGAAAAAAUUGGAUAUAAAAUAAAUAAAAUUAAUCCAAAUGAUAGAUUUAUUUUAGAAACAGUUGUACCUCCUCAGUCAUCAUCUCAUUCUUAGCAAAUGAAUUCAAAUGAUUUUUUGAAGACUAAGAAAGCAGAUUAUUAUCAAUAAAAAUAAUAAUAAUAAUAAUCUGAUUUUGAUAGCAAAUACCAAAAACAGUUAAUUUUACAGAAUCAAAAGCAAGGACUUUCUUCAGUUUCUACUUAAGAAUAGGCAGAGAAAGAAGAGGAAGACCAUAAUUAAGAGGAAAAGCCUAAAAGAAGUGUUAGAAAUAUCAGCUAUAGCAAACGUGAAUCUCAAAGGAAGAGAGAUAGCAAGAGAUAAAAUUAAGUUGAAAGUUAUUAAAAUGUUAUCAUUCCAAAUAGCUUGGUACAAAAGAAAGAAAGGAAUAAUGAUUAAAGAGGUUUUAAAGAUAUUGAAGAAUAGGUUAACAAUGAAUAAAGCAUUAGUGGUUCUUAGAUAGAAAUAGACGAAUUCAAAAACGAAAAGUGGAAACAUAUUGAUCCUAAAAAUCAAAUUGUACUUUAAGAUCGAUACAGCAGCGAAUCUUUUCCACCAAAAACUGAAGUUAGUAUGAAUAAAAAUGAAUAGGAAGGCAAAGAUGACAAUGAUUAGGAAGAAGAAGAUGAAGAAAAUAUUUAGCAAAAAGAAGAAAAGCUGAAUUAGAUCAGAAAAUCUCUUUAAUAAAUGAAUCUCACAAGAAAUUCUACUUUCUAAAUUCACGGUGGUUAAACUCACUACAAUCCCUCACAUACAUAGCAAAGUGCUUUUUCUUAAUAGGGUAUGGGCCACCCAAUAAGUGUGCCAUCAUUUGUCCAAGAUUUCUCAAAAAUUAGCAGUAUUCCUUUACCUUAGGCUUAAUCAGUAAGUUAAAAUUUAAACUAAUUUGGAAUAGACGAAACAGAUCUAUCUUUACUUUUAGCAGACUCUUAGAAAAAUUCAAUUUUUGUUGGAAACAACCAAUAAAACUUCAAAGACUCUAAAUUUCUUUUAGAUGAAUCAAUAAUCCAUCCUAUAAAACAUUUACCUUCAACAAAUGGGGUUCCUUUACAAAAUGGUGAUCAAUUAGAUAGCGAUAAUAGUUCUAGGAAAGAAGAAGAAAACAUAUGUGUGAUGAAAAAAUAGUAGUCAAUUAACGAUUUAAUUUUACUUUUGCAGCAAGCAACUACAACCUAUCCUUAAAAUGGCAAAAAAAUUUAUAAUGAUAAUAAUCAUUCUAAGUAAUAAAAUAACAACUGUAGUUAGUAAUAAGAUGCUUAGCAAAUUUAACGUUCUAGCGUUAGAUCUGUAAGAUCUGAGAGUGGUAAGCUUUUCAAGUAAAAAUCCAAAGAAGAUGAAAUAGACUAUGAAAAGGAAAAAUAGAUUUAAGAAUAAAUAGACAAUUCUAAAGGGAGUUUUCCAUAAUUUCAAAUAUCAUCAAGCAGUAGUAUAGCAGGAAUUAAUUCAAAAAAAGAUUAGUUUGCAGUUGAAGAUCAAAUUUCUUCAAAUAAAUAAUAAUUAUAAUCAAGAAAAGGAUCUAAAACUAAUAUGAAUAAAUAGAACAUUUUAAAAUAAUCUUAAGAAAAUAUCAAAUCUGUUCAUAAUUCAGAAGAAAAUUUGCUCCCUAUCAAAGAGAUAAAAGAAGAAGAAUCUAAAUGUAUUGGAGAAAUGAGUGCUACUAAUUAAUAUAGCAACACUAACAAUAAUAAUAAUAAUAACAAUAAUAAAAUGAUUGAAGCCCAUGAAUUCAGUUUCUGUGCAGAAAAAUAAAAUGACAAUAACAAUAUUGAAGAAAGUAAAAUGACUUAGCCCAUUUAAACUGCUGAUUUAACUUAAAAAAGCGAAACAUCACCUGAUGAAGCGAAUUCUCUUUAAAAUGAAUCAAAUCAACAAUAAUCUUAGAAGAACAAAUAAAACUAAUAAUUUAACAACCAAUCAGAUACUUUCUCAUAUUAAACAUCACCGUCUAAAAAACAAAGGAAAUUCUCUGACUCUUCUCAGGAUCAAGAUUAAAAUAAUUAAAAAUAAGAAGAAUUUAAUAUAUUUUCAAAUCGUUUUAGUCUAAGACAGCCUUCGAAAAAACCCUUAGCAGCUAAAGUGCAAGCAGAAAAUAUAUCUAUCGUCAUCUAAGAUCCUAGGAAUGUAACUACAGAGCAGUUUGUUUUUACUAUCCAUCCAUACAACAGUAAAUAGCCAACCUAACAAUAGGCUUCUGUUUCCCAUCGUGAUUCUGUUUUAAGUUAAAGUAAUGGUGAAUCUACUUUAAAUAAAACUAUGCCUCACCACCAUAAAUCGCUUUUAGAAAAUACUAACAGAGUCAUCAUGCAAAAGAGACCUUCGAGAAAAAGUUUAUAGCAAAGUAGCUCUGCAGGAAGCAUAGCUCAAAAUUUAUCGAAAUUUAUGAAUAAUACUCAACCCCUACAAGCAAACUCGAUAUAAAGUGAAACAGACAAUAAAGGAAGCACAGAUUAAAUUGAAUCUGGUGAAGUCCAUUCUUUUUCAUUAAAAAAUAGUUACUAGUAGGCUUCAAAGAAUAAAUUGUAAGAAAUACCUAUUAAAGAACACAAAGAUGAAGACAUCGAAGAUGAUAAAUCCCAAGAAGAGGAAGAGAAAAAUGACAAUCCUCAAAUUAUAAAUUAAAAGAUUGAAAGUAGAGAGCAAAAAGCUCUUUAGGAAUUAAAAUAAUAAGUACCUGGUGAAUCCACUUAAAAUUUACAAUCUCUUACAGAAAAUGAAAAUAAAAUAAUACAAGAGGAUCAAGAAUUGCCUCAAUAAGUUUUUAAUCAAUAAGAUUAAGUUUUCAAAAAUGGCAAUUAAUAGACAGAAGAAGAGGAAGAAAAAUAAUCAAUAAAUGAAAUCAUUCAUUCACCUCUACCUCAUCUAUCUUUUUAAAUGAAUACAAGCAAUAAUCACGACUUUAAUACUAUUGGCCAUGGAAUAACUCAUUGCGACUCUUACAAUAAUUUUAAUAUGGCCUAGCAAAAUAUUGAUGAAGAAGAAAAUGCUAUGAAUUCGAUUAGUUCUCCUUAGAUUGGACCAAGAUCCUUGUAAGAUUCAAAUAGAGCAAGUUAAAAGUAUUUUAGUGUUUAAAGUGGUACAAACAUGGUUAAUCCAAAUAGUCAAAGGAAUAUUUAAUUACAAAAUACUAACAGCUAUAGCGAUUCCCCUUUUUACACUUGCUUCAACACUCCAUAAAUUAGCAAUAAUGCUAGUAAAAGAGAAAGCCAAUAUGCAGAACCAAGACUAUUAAGCUAACAAGAGUUUUAGUAGAGAAAGAGCAUGAUCAACGAAAGUAAAUAAAUAAGCUACUAUAGGAAAACAUCUGCAUACCAGUAAUACUACGAUUGCGACUCAUACUAAUUACAAGUUAUUGAUGGCGAUUAGCUGUAAAAUAGAGAUUUACUCGAAUAACCCGAACUGUAUAUGCAAUGGCUUAACUCUCUAAACAAAAAAACUCCAGAAUCAUUCAGCAAUGAGGCUAAUUAUUAAUUCGAAAUUAUCAAAUAAGAAACCUAUCAAGACUUUUUGUAUAAAUUCGAGUAGGAAUACUUUUAUAACUUGGAGCUAUUCGAUCCAAUAAUCUAAUCUAAAACUUGCAAUAUCUAUUUUAGGAGUGAAAUAAGUCUAAAUUAAGAAAGAUUGUAUAUUAUAACAGGAGAGUACUAUGUUAACACAUCUUCUUAUGCAGCUUUUUACAACUUUAAAAACAGUGCAAGUAUUCAAACUAUCUUGAAUUCUUACGAUUACAUAUAUUCCAUCAAUGAAGACAUCCAAAAUACUGUUUUGUAUGCAAAUUGCUCAUCCAGAUACCUCGAAAAACCUUGUGAAUUUGUGUAUCUUAAACACUUCUCCUUCCUACAAUAUAAUAAUGAAGCUGGAAAUAAUGGAGAAUAACCAGAGUAAGCUCAUUUUGUGGAAUAAAUGUGCGAAAUCGACAUAUCUCUAAACUCAGAAGAAAUAGAACAAUUCGUUAAAAAGAAUAAGAAAAGCAACAACGUAAGAGGAGAACUCUUCAGUGGAAAUAUUGCAACUUACAUCCCAGAAACAAACUAAAUAAAAGUAGAAAUAUUAAUAGAAUAAAAUUUCCACAAUGCAAUUAACACCUAACAAGCUAAAAGCAUGUUCACAGAUAUGUUUACAAACUACAUUAAAAAGUUGAACUAUGCAUUCCCAUGA